UGACUGACGCUCCGGCGGAAACAACACAGUCCAGUGUUUUCCGUAGUCAUCGUUGACUAACGCUAGCUGGUAACGGCGAGUAACAGUUAGUGAACUCUGUCUGCACAAAGAAAGCCUUCAGUUUGUGAUUUUGCUUGUGAUUAUUUUUUUGAACUAAAAAUGCCGUUAGAAAACCUGGAGGAAGAGGGUCUGCCCAAGAACCCUGAUCUGAGGAUAGCACAGCUCAAGUUCCUGCUCACAAUGGACGGUCACCGACAGGAUGCUGAAGUGAAGACUGAGCUCAUGGACGCGAUCAAAGCUAACAAUAUGGCCCCGUAUUAUGAGGGUCUGUGUAAGGAUCUGAAGUGGCAGCUGGACGGUGACCUGCUGAGUAAAAUGAAGAAGGCCAACGAGGAGGAGCUGAAGCGCCUGGAUGAUGUCCUGGAGGAUGCAGAGAAGAGCCUGGGAGAGAGCGAGAUACGAGACGCCAUGAUGGCCAAAGCUGAAUACCUCAUCAGAAUUGGAGACAAGGAGGGCGCCCUAACAGCCUUCAGGAAGACCUAUGACAAGACAGUGGCUCUGGGUCACAGACUAGAUAUCGUCUUCUACCUGCUGAGGAUCGGACUCUUCUACAUGGAUAGCGACCUCAUCACACGCAACUCCGAGAAAGCCAAGAGCCUCAUUGAGGAGGGGGGAGACUGGGACAGGAGGAAUCGUCUGAAGGUCUACCAGGGCCUGUACUGUGUGGCCAUCAGGGACUUCAAGCAAGCCGCCGAACUCUUCCUCGACACAGUCUCCACCUUUACCUCUUACGAGCUCAUGGACUACAAGACCUUCGUCACCUACACGGUCUACGUGUGCAUGAUUGCCCUCAAAAGGCCUGACCUCCGUGAAAAGGUAAUAAAGGGAGCUGAGAUCUUGGAGGUGCUGCACAGUCUCCCUCCAAUUCGCCAGUAUCUUUUCUCCCUCUACGAGUGCCGUUACUCGGUCUUCUUCCAGUCGCUGGCCACGGUGGAGCAGGAGAUGAAGAAGGACUGGCUUUUUGCGCCACACUACCGCUACUAUGUGAGGGAGAUGAGGAUCCAGGCCUACAGCCAGCUGCUAGAGUCCUACCGCUCCCUCACCCUGGGCUACAUGGCUGAGGCCUUUGGUGUCAGCACAGAGUUCAUCGACCAGGAACUGUCCCGAUUCAUAGCUGCUGGACGUCUCCACUGUAAAAUUGAUAAAGUGAAUGAGAUUGUGGAAACCAACAGACCCGAUAGCAAAAACUGGCAGUACCAAGAAACCAUCAAGAAGGGCGACUUGCUGCUGAACAGAGUCCAGAAGUUGUCGAGAGUUAUCAACAUGUAACCAUGGUGGCCAUAUUUUUAUGCAAGGACGACUUGCAUUAGUCUUGAUAUACCGGAACCAGUAGUUUGUCUGACAAAGUGACUCUUAUAUUGUGUAUAUAAUAAAAUUUGUUUAACUGUUG